CGACGCAUCAAACCCACCGGCGUGUGUAGCAGGAAACGUGGAAAGCAAACAUCCUAUAAAAGCACCACUUCAGAAUACUGGAUUUUGUAUUUUAUUGAGCACUUUUUUCAAUGAUUGCAUCGAAGCGGUGUUACAAGCUGAUCUCAUAUCCAGAGUGAACAGGAAAAUGACCUGAGUAACUACAUUAUCCAGAACUGAGAAGAAGCAGCAACUAGACACAUAUUAUGAAUCUAGGAGACCUUUCAGACUAAUGCCUGAAUAUAAUUACUGUCCAGGAAGCUGAUAUGGACUGAGAGGCUGACUCUAUAAGUGGCAUCCCUGGUUUGGACCACAUUUUCAUAAUGGUUCUGUUUCUGGUGGCAACAAACCUUAUAUCAAAUACCUCCUUACAUGUGAACAGGACGGCAGAGCCUCCUGCUCCUCAGGGUUCCCAUGUGUUGCCCUCCACCCUUGUCAUUUCUCUCCUCCUCAUCAUCUUCAUCCUCCUCACAGUCUACCUGCUCAGGUUCAGACAACAAAGGAAGGAUCUUGUUACUUCAGUUGACAAAAAGUUACCUAAUGGCUUCUUGGAGGAUCAAGAACAGACAGUGGUGCUUCUCCCAAGAUCUCCCUCCCCAUCAAGGCGCUCUUUUCCAAUCCUGCUGGACUCCCUAGAGGAAGAGGUCCGCCUACGUAUGGCAGACGAUGGCAAGCUGUUUAGAGAGGAGUUUAAUUCUUUGCCUUGUGGGUUUGGCCGUGGUACAUUUGAGGAAGCAGGCAGGGAAGAGAACAAAGACAAGAACAGAUAUCCAAACAUACUUCCCUAUGACCACUCCAGAGUGCUGCUUUCACAUAUAGAUGGCCACAUAUGCUCAGACUAUGUCAAUGCUUCAUAUAUAGAUGGUUACAGAGAAAAGAACAAAUUUAUUGCUGCUCAAGGACCAAAACCAGAGACUGUGGCUGAUUUCUGGAGAAUGGUUUGGGAACAGAAAUCUGCCACCAUAGUUAUGCUGACCAACAUACGAGAGAGAAAAGAGGAAAAAUGUUAUCAGUACUGGCCGGAGCAGGGCUGCUGGCUAUAUGGAUGCGUGAGGGUGGCAGUAGAGGAUGUCACAGUCCUGGUAGACUACACUAUCAGAAAGUUCUGCGUGCAGUAUCAUGGUGCAGAGGGUUGCAGAGCACCAAGGCUGGUCACCCAGCUACACUUCACAAGCUGGCCUGAUUUUGGUGUGCCCCUCUCCCCCAUUGGAAUGCUCAAGUUUCUCAAGAAAGUCAAGAGUGUCAACCCAAUGCAUGCUGGGCCUAUAAUAGUUCACUGCAGUGCUGGUGUUGGAAGGACUGGCACAUUUAUUGUGAUCGAUGCCAUGAUGGAUAUGAUGCAUGUGGAGGGCCGAGUGGACGUCUUUGGUUUUGUCUCCAGAAUCCGCGGCCAGCGCUGCCAGCUCGUGCAGACGGAUAUGCAGUACUCCUUCAUUUAUCAAGCUCUGCUGGAACACUAUCUAUAUGGUGACACAGAGCUGGACGUCUCCUCUCUGGAGGGCCACCUGCAUCGGAUCCACAGCACUCACAUCCACAUGGAUCGAGUGGGACUGGAGGAGGAAUUCAGAAAACUGACUAAUGUCCGGAUUAUGAAGGAGAAUAUGAGAACUGGAAAUCUCCCAGCAAACAUGAGGAAGAAUAGAGUGUUGCAGAUCAUUCCAUAUGACUUCAACAGGGUAAUACUAUCUGUAAAAAGAGGGCAAGAGUUCACAGAUUACAUAAAUGCAUCUUUCAUAGAUGGUUACAGGCAGAAGGAUUACUUCAUUGCCACCCAGGGCCCUUUAUCUCACACUGUGCAGGACUUCUGGCGCAUGGUGUGGGAAUGGAAGUGUCACUCCAUUGUCAUGCUGACUGAGCUGAAGGAGAGGGAGCAGGAGAAAUGUGUGCCUUACUGGCCUACAGAGGGCAGCGUUGUGUUUGGUGAGUACAGUGUGGAGCUGAAGAGGGACACUCUGUGCGAGACUUUCAGCCUCCGGGAUUUGCUACUCACGUACAUGCCGGAUAAGCAGAGCCGUGUAGUCAGGCACUUCCACUUCCACGGAUGGCCUGAGAUCGGUAUCCCUUCAGAUGGAAAAGGAAUGAUUGACCUUAUUGCUGCAGUGCAGAGACAACAGCAGCAAUCUGGCAACCACCCCAUAGUGGUACACUGCAGUGCUGGGGCUGGCCGGACCGGAACCUUCAUUGCCCUCAGCAACAUUCUUGAGCGAGUGAAAGCCGAAGGCUUACUGGACGUGUUCCAGACUGUGAAGAGUUUACGCAACCAGAGACCACACAUGGUCCAAACUGUGGAACAGUAUGACUUCUGCUACAAAGUCGUACAAGAUUUUGUGGAUAUCUUCUCAGACUAUGCUAACUUCAAAUGAUGACGAAAGUUUAAUUUUGCUUUCAUUGCUUCAGGCAACUGCUCCCCCCCCCCC